CUUCCGUCGUCUGGGAGGAAGGGGCGUUGUCGCGCCUGCGCAGGCGCUCUGACCACCGGCUGGCUCCUCGUGGAGGCUUCUCUGGUCCGCGCGCUUCAGCUCGUCUUGAGCUCCGGGCGGCUGCCGCGACACGCGGCGCUCGCGCGCCAUGUCGUGGCUCUUCGGGAUCAAGGGCCCUAAGGGCGAAGGCGCGGGGCCGCCGCUGUCCCUGCCGCCCGCUCAGCCCGGGGGCGAAGGCGGCGGGGACCGCGGCGCGGGGGACCGGCCGGCGCCCAAGGACAAGUGGAGCAACUUUGACCCGACGGGCCUGGAACGUGCAGCCAAGGCGGCGCGGGAGCUGGAGCAUUCGCGACACGCCAAGGAGGCCCUGAGUCUUGCACAGAUGCAGGAGCAGACGCUGCAGCUGGAGCAGCAGUCCAAGCUCAAGGAGUAUGAGGCCGCCGUGGAGCAGCUGAAGAGCGAGCAGAUCCGCGUGCAAGCUGAGGAGAGGAGAAAGACUCUGAGCGAGGAGACGCGGCAGCACCAGGCUAGGGCCCAGUACCAGGACAAGCUGGCCCGGCAGCGCUACGAGGACCAGCUGAAGCAGCAGCAACUUCUCAACGAGGAGAAUUUAAGGAAGCAGGAGGAGUCUGUGCAGAAGCAGGAGGCCAUGCGGCGAGCCACCGUGGAACGGGAGAUGGAACUUCGGCACAAGAACGAGAUGCUGCGGGUGGAGGCCGAGGCGCGCGCCCGAGCCAAGGCCGAGCGUGAGAACGCAGACAUUAUCCGUGAGCAGAUACGCUUGAAGGCUGCUGAGCACCGGCAGACCAUUCUGGAGUCCAUCAGGGCAGCCGGCACCCUGUUUGGCGAAGGAUUCCGUGCCUUCGUGACAGACUGGGACAAAGUGACAGCCACGGUGGCCGGGCUGACACUGCUGGCCGUGGGGGUCUACUCUGCCAAGAACGCCACGUCUGUUGCUGGACGGUACAUUGAGGCCCGGCUGGGGAAGCCGUCCCUGGUGAGGGAGACGUCUCGGAUCACGGUGCUUGAGGCCCUGAGGCACCCCAUGCAGGUCAGCAGACGCCUCCUUGGUAAGCCCCAGGACGCACUGGAGGGCGUCGUCCUCAGUCCCAGCCUGGAAGCGCGCGUGCGAGACAUUGCCAUCGCGACACGGAACACCAAGAAGAACCGGAGCCUCUAUAGGAACAUUCUGAUGUAUGGGCCUCCUGGCACCGGCAAGACGCUGUUUGCCAAGAAACUCGCGCUGCACUCGGGCAUGGACUAUGCCAUCAUGACAGGUGGCGAUGUGGCCCCCAUGGGGCGGGAUGGCGUGACUGCUGUGCACAAGGUCUUCGACUGGGCCAGCACCAGCCGGCGAGGCCUCCUGCUCUUCGUGGAUGAGGCGGAUGCCUUCCUCAGGAAGCGAGCGACUGAGAAGAUAAGCGAGGACCUCAGGGCCACCCUGAACGCAUUCCUGCACCGGACAGGGCAGCACAGCAGCAAGUUCAUGCUGGUCCUGGCCAGCAACCAGCCUGAGCAGUUUGACUGGGCCGUCAACGACCGCAUCGACGAGAUGGUCCGCUUCGAUCUGCCACGGCAGGAAGAGCGGGAACGCCUGGUGAGGAUGUAUUUUGACAAGUAUGUUCUGAAGCCAGCCACAGAAGGAAAGCAGCGCUUGAAGCUGGCUCAGUUUGACUACGGGAAGAAGUGCUCAGAGAUCGCACACCUGACGGAGGGCAUGUCGGGUCGGGAGAUCUCCCAGCUUGCUGUGGCAUGGCAGGCCAUGGCAUAUGCCUCUGAGGAUGGAGUCCUCACUGAGGCCAUGGUGGAUGCCCGGGUCCAGGAUGCCAUCCAGCAGCACCAGCAGAAGAUGCAGUGGCUGAAGGCUGAGGGAGCCAGGCCUGAGGGUGGCCAGGCUGCGUGAACUGGCCCUGCUACCUGGGGCACGCAAGCCAGGUGGCUUUGCCAGGAAGAAGCCCCAAGAUGCCCGCCUCUCCCUGUGGCGGGCCUACACAGCCGCCCACCUCAGCAUUUUUCAGUACUUCUCCAGUCAGGGCCGGGACAGCAUUGAAGGCCUCUGCUUGGGACCAGCCGCAGCUGUGGCGUCUUUGUGGUGGGGCCGGCUCCUCUCUCUGCCGGGCUGGGGCCGCCCCCUGCCCCCCAGGACACAACUGGGAGACGGGAGUCUCCAAGCCGGGCUGAGUGGGGGAGAAGCCACUGUCCCCAGGCCCAGGGACAGUGUCCAAGCUGGCUAAGCUCCCGUGGCCAGCUGCUGCAUCUGUGGCCGGCAGUACACGGGGCCUGGCUGAGAGAGCUGGGCCCGCGUGGGGGGCUUGACCCUGCCCAGGCCCACCCAGCAGGUGAGGGGUGAGCAGAGUAGGCCCCCCCCCCCCCCCCCGUGCUGCCUGGUGGGAGUUGCUCUCCCCUGUGCUAGGGAGGAGGAUGUACCCUGCACACGUCUGAUUGUGAUACACCCGGGGGCUAAGAACUAGCUGCCAGCAACUGGUGGGGUUGCCCACGAGGCCCAAGACCCCCUGGCCAGGACCAUCCCUAGUCCACAGGAUCUGCAGCCCUCCCUCCCUUGGGUGGGGGUCUUUUUAUCCAGAAUCUAAUAAAAACUCUGACAGGAUACCUCA